AUGACGGUGCCGCUGCUGAAGAUCGGGGCCGUGCUGAGCACCAUGGCCAUGGUGACCAACUGGAUGUCCCAGACGUUGCCCUCGCUGGUGGGGCUCAACGGUACCGCCGUGUCCCGGGCCGGUACCUCCGAGAAGAUCACCCUCUUCCAAAGCCCCGACGAGGGCUGGCAGGUUUACACCUCGGCGCAAGCCCCCGACGGCAAAUGCCUCUGCACGGCCGUCAUCCCCGUCCAGGGCACUUGCUCCCGUGACCUGCGCAGCCACCAGCUCCGCCAGCUCAUGGAGAAGGUACAGAACAUCUCCCAGUCGAUGGAGGUGCUGGACCUCCGGACCUACCGGGACCUCCAGUACGUGCGUAACACCGAGUCCCUGAUGAAGGGCUUGGACUCCAGGCUGAAGGUGGCUGCUGAGAGCCAGAAGAGCCUCAACGCCCGGAGCUUCCAGGAGCUGAAGGACAAGAUGACGGAGCUGCUGCCUCUGCUGCCCGUCCUGGAUCAGUACAAGUCGGACACGAGGCUGAUCAUGCACCUGAAGGAGGAGGUGAGGAACCUCUCCGGGAGCUUGCUGGCCAUCCAGGAGGAGAUGGGUGCCUACGACUACGAGGAGCUGCAGCAGCGGGUGCUGAUGCUGGAGGCACGGCUGCACGCCUGCAUGCAAAAACUGGGCUGCGGGAAGCUGACGGGCGUCAGCAAUCCCAUCACCAUCCGAGCGUCGGGCUCCCGCUUCGGGUCGUGGAUGACCGACACGAUGACACCCAGCGCUGACAGCCGGGUCUGGUACAUGGACGGUUACUACAAGGGCCGCCGUGUCUUGGAGUUUCGGACCUUGAACGACUUCGUGACGGGACAGAACUUCGUGCAGCAUCUCCUGCCGCAUCCCUGGGCCGGCACCGGCCACGUGGUCUUCAACGGGUCCCUCUACUACAACAAAUACCAGAGCAACAUCGCGGUGAAGUACCACUUUCGCUCCCGUAGCGUGCUGGUGCAGCGCAGCCUCGCCGGCGCCGGCUACAACAACACCUUCCCUUAUUCUUGGGGUGGUUUCUCCGACAUCGACUUCAUGGUGGACGAGAGCGGGCUCUGGGCCGUCUACACCACCAACCAAAACGCCGGCAACAUCGUGGUGAGCCGGGUGGACCCCCAGACGCUGGAGGUCCUGCAUAGCUGGGACACGGGUUACCCCAAACGAAGCGCCGGCGAGUCCUUCAUGAUCUGCGGCACGCUCUACGUCACCAACUCCCACCUUGCCGGCGCCAAGAUCUAUUUUGCCUACUACACAAACACUUCCAGCUACGAAUACACGGAUAUUCCCUUCCACAACCAGUAUUCCCACAUAUCCAUGCUGGACUACAACCCGCGGGAGAGGGUGCUCUACACCUGGAACAACGGCCACCAGGUCAUCUACAACGUCACGCUCUUCCACGUCAUAAAGACGUCGGGCGAGCUGUGACCCCGCGCCGGACUCCUCUGCUCUCCCUCCCCAGCUCUUUAUUUUUCUACACGUCAGCCUCGGCCAUUGUCUCUAGGGGAUGGAGCCUUCCUCCUCCUCCUCCUCCUCCUCCUCCUCUCCUUUGAUUAUUUUUUUA